UUUUUAUCUCAACGUGUCCGUCCACUCGUUUAAACGAUUAGCCAUGUCGUUCUCUCUCGUUUUUCCUACCCCCUCUUCUUUUUUAUCUUCAACCUUCGCCACCGCAAAUUCUAGUAAGCUGUUCCUGAAGAGGAGAAAAACAUUCACAGUGGUCCCAAAAGCUUCUGAGAAGGAUGGAAACAAGCCGGCGUUCAACCCGUUCGGCUUCGUUACCGACAAUCCGUCAAGUCGGAGCGCCAUUCAGCUUCCAGAGUCCCCUGCCGAAGACGGAAACGUCGGCCAAAUGCUCUACAGGAUAGAAAAUAUGGGAAGAGAGUACGGAUCAUAUGUCGAAUCCGGUGGAUUCCAGUGGUUUGUUAGAGAAACAGGAUCGUCUGGAAGCACGCGUGGAACAAUAGUCUAUCUCCAUGGUGCUCCAACUCAAUCUUACAGCUAUCGAGUGGUUAUGUCUCAGAUGGCAGAUUAUGGAUUCCACUGCUUUGCACCUGACUGGAUUGGUUUUGGGUUUAGUGACAAGCCACAGUCAGGAUAUGGUUUUGACUACACUGAGAAAGAAUUCCAUGAACAAUUUGAUAAGUUACUUGAUGUUCUUGGAAUUACAUCCUCUUUUUACCUUGUAGUCCAGGGAUUCCUUGUAGGAUCAUAUGGAUUAACUUGGACCCUUAAAAACUCCAGUAAAGUAUCAAAACUUGUGAUUCUCAACAGUCCGUUGACACCUUCAUCUCCCAUUCCUUGGCUCUUUAAACAACUCAGAAUUCCAUUUUUUGGUGAGUUUACCUGCCAGAAUGCAAUAAUGGCAGAGCGUUUUAUCGAAGCAGGCAGCCCUUAUGUUCUAAAACUGGAGAAGGCUGAUGUGUACAGGUUACCAUAUUUGUCAAGCAGUGGUCCGGGUUUUGCUUUGCUUGAUGCGGCAAAGAGAGCUAAUUUCAAGGACAUCCAUAGCCAAAUAUUAUAUGGUUUUGCCUCUGGAAGGUGGGAUAAACCAACUCUACUGGCAUGGGGAAUAUCAGAUAAGUAUCUUCCGCAAUCAGUGGCUGAAGAGUUUCAAAAGGGAAACCCCGAAUUUGUCAGGCUUAAACUGAUUGAAGGUGCAGGCCAUAUGCCGCAAGAAGACUGGCCUGAAAAAGUAGUUGAUGCCUUGAGAGCAUUUUUUUUAUCAGCAUGGAACUUGUAGGAACUUCAAUUGUUUGUCUAGUUAGAAUAAUUACCCUUUUUUGUUAAGUAGAUAACAUUACUGUUGGAUUCUUAGAUAUAAUACUUUACUUGGCGUGUACAUAAGACCAGAAGAGUUCCCACAGUUUUAAGUAAAAAAUACUGC